AUGAGCUCUAAUUGGAAUACUAGAAAGUUUCCAAGGAUUUUGUGCAAAUCUUUUUUCCAAAUUCUAAAUGGAAUCUCGAGCAAUGAACAGAUAUUAGUGGUUCAACCUGAAGUCCUUCCAAUCAUCAAUGCACUCUUUACAUUUAGUCAAUUGACUGAAUCGACACCUGCUAGGAAAAUCGUUCUGAUAAGUGAGCAACUCAAGGGUGAAGUGUCAGAAAUUUUGAGCACUUUCCCUGGUAUGGACUUGAUUUUUGUCGUAGAUGUGAGGUUAGAUUUUGCCCUUCCAGAACCUCUAAAACAUGUUGCCCAAUCGUUAGAUUUGCCAGUGAUGAAUAUUGUAUUUUGUACUUGGGAAACCCAAGCGGGAAACAGUUUGGUUAAGGAUAAUUUAACAAUCAGUGAUGCAAGAAUUCCGCAUUACAUAGAAUCACAAUUGGAGACUUCAAGUAGGAUUAAACUCAUUGGAUGGAAUAUGUUACCUUUCCCACAAUUAGAUAAUGAUGUUCUUAUUGCACAUGUAUUAUACAACAGUGAUGAGGAAAAUAUGUAUGCACCCAGUGAAAAUUUCAUGCAAACUGCAACAAGAGGUAUUCUUAUGGAUAAUAUGGUUAAUUGUCUGGAGAGUCUGUUGAAGCAUACACAGACGAAUGUAACUCAUGCUGUAUCAUUUGGGAAGGAAUCCAAAAGAUUUCUGCAGUCCUUACGACAAAGGGUUGAAACGGAAGAAAAUGGUGAAAAAUUGUUCAUUAAAGAGACUCUGUAUGGUGAUAAAUAUAGUGGAUUGGAGACUGAUUUAGUCGUCAUGGAAAGAGAUAUGGAUCCAUUGACACCACUUUUGACCCAACUUACAUAUGCUGGAUUAAUUGAUGAUCUUUACGAAUUCACACCAGGUGCAAAGACAAAAAGUAAGAAAGAAUUAUCAUUAAAAUAUACUGAUGAUGACAUUUGGGAGGACUUAAAGUUUCUGAAUUUCGGCGAUUUAGGUGCUAAGUUAAAUACAAUGGCAAGAAAUUCUGAUGAUCAGUAUUCAUCAAGACCAAGGACUGAUAAUCUAGGUGAAUUAAAACAAUUUGUGGAUGCUAUACCUGAAUUACAAGAAAAUCGUAAAUUAAUCAAUAAGCACAUUGAUCUAUCGGCGGAUAUUCUAAAACAAGUGGAGAAUGAACAGGAAUCUCAAUUCAAUAGGAUUCUUGAAUUGGAACAGAAUAUGCUCUCUUUGGUGCUGGACAACAGGGGAAGCGUCGAUAGCAUUUUAGACCUUAUCUAUGAGAACCAAUUACCGAUGAAUACAGUAUUAAGACUUGCGUGUGUUUUGUCACUCUGUAGAAAUGGACUUAGAGAUAAGGAUUACGAAUUUAUUAAACAGGAAUUGGUAGAUGCGUACGGUUUAAAUAUCGUUUUCCAACUGGAAAGGCUAACCAAUAGGGGACUUUUCACUAGUAAAUCACUUUUAUCCACUACGAAUUGUACAACUUGGAGGAAAGAAUAUCGUAAUAUUUCCGUUUGGUUAGACACACUACCGCGUACAGAAGAUGCUAAUAAGGAGGAACCUUCAUUUGCCUACUGCGGUCUGGUUCCCUUAACAACAAGAUUGAUACAAUUGGUAUAUGAUAGAUCUGUGAUGAGCAAGAAUUACAACUCCCAACAACCAUUUAUCAUUUCAAGGCCACCCAACGUUUUUAAGGCUGAAGAAUUAGUGGGACAAAUUUACGGUGAUUCAAAUCUAGUCCACGCGGAAUCAUGGAUGUUACCGCUACGUAAGAACAAGAAAAGAGUAGCCGUUGGCCAACCUGAAGCUGGUACAUCUGAUAUCGUAAUAUUGGUAUUUAUCGGUGGUAUUACCAUGGGUGAAAUGGCUACACUGAAAUUUUUACAAGACAAGUUACGUCAAAAGGAGAUACAUAAACGAUUUAUCAUUGUGAGUGAUGGUAUAACCAACGGUAACCGCUUCACUCGAUUCAAAUGUUAA